UUUUUCUUAUUAUUUUCUUUUUUUUUUUUUGAACUGCUUUGUAAUAUUUUUAUUCGAGCUGAGUGUCUAUUUGAAACAGUCUAUUUCAGAUUCCACUUGUGCGAUCACACUGAUAUAUUGUUGUAUCUGUUGGGGAAUAGCAGAAGAUUGGCCAUUAUAAUUUUUUUCAAAAAAUUAUUUUACUUUAGUGAAAAAAAAAGAGGAAAAAAUAGUAGUUCUUGACCAAAAAAAUUAUUUCAGUUUAGCGAAAAUUAUUUUUGGAAUUAACUCUAAUUCAUAUUCAUGGUCAAAUACAAUAUAAAUUCCAACUCCAAAAAAUUAUUAUUUUCACGCGAAACAGGUAAACAUCGAAGGGUAGUCCGAGUUAGAUUCAAUCUUGAUUUGGUAAAUAAGCAAGGGAAAUGGUUAAAGUUGAGACCUUGAGAAGUUAGAUGAUGAAUUUAUUCAACUGAUUGGAAACUAGAAAGGAAAAAUCAGAAUAAUAUGGGUAAAGUGUCACCCAAAGAUUGUCAAUCCAAGGCUCCCAAACAGAAAAAGCGGUCGAGGAGAACAAAGGGAAAGUAUUUGAGACCAGGUGCUUUGGCACAGCUACGUUACACCAAGGUAGCCGCUGCUAAAUCUUGUACGGAUCUUGGGAAGAAAAGGGUAGCUGUAAUAACUUCAGAUGAAACAAAGGAUCAAGCUGCACUUCAAAAUAAUGUUAUUGAUGCAAGUCCCAUAUUUUUAUCACCCGUGAAGUUCUGUUAUGGUUCUGUGAAUACGCCCAUUGAUGUAACUAAGCAGAAUAAAUUGCAAAUGACACCAAAGACACCUGGUGCAUUUGAGUGCACAUCAGAGUCAAGGCUCGAGUCUCUUCCAAUGGAUUUACUGGUCAAAAUACUUUGCCAUCUGCACCAUGACCAACUUAAAGCAGUUUUCCAUGUCUCUCAAAAGAUGAGGAAGGCAGUAAUUCAGGCAAGACUUUUCCAUUUUAAUUAUACUACACCAGAUAGAACGCGGCAGGAGUUGUUAAGCACCAUGACUCCUCUCCCCACUGAUCACUGGCCUUUCGUAAGCAAAGAGAACGGAAAAGGCGCAUGGCUCAACACUCCUCACACUCCGAAGGCGCCAAGACAUGGUCCACGGCCCCCAUCCCGUGUCAAGUUCACAGAGAUGAGGCAAAUUUCAGCAGUUCUUUUCCAGGAGUCUGCAUUUCCAUCAAGAUGCUUGGUUCCAUCUGUUAUACCAAAGCCCCUAUGCAAGUCCUUGGGAUCUAAUAGAGUUCUAUUCUACGAGGAUGAAUUAUGCCAGGCUGUUGCUCAGAAUAAACUCCGUUGAUUUCAGGUGUUUUCAUCUCCUGAUAUGUGUAUAAUAGAAAUCUAUCUUGUUUCAUCUUUGGUAGCAAUAUGGACAGGGUGCAAGUUUUGUAAUAUUACUCCGGGGCACUCGUUCAAAGUGGUCGAAGAUUACUAGGUUUAGAUAGAUUUGAAGGUUUUCGCGAAUAAUAUAUGGAGACUAGGCUUGUGUAUAGUUCUAUAUAAGUUCUUUGGGAGUUGCUUGUUGCUCGUAUCAGUGUCUGUUAAUCCACUAAAGGAAAUUCAUAUAAAUCGUUCACUUUACCGAUUUGUUGUG